CUCUUUUGAAAUUGAAUAAGUUGUAAGAUAGGCCGAGUACGGCAUGACUAUAGAUGCAUAGGGUUGCGCCUAAAUCCUCCAGAUCUCGAGCUCCCGAGUCCAUAUAAAUACAAACGACUUUCCCGACUAUCCUCAUCUAAUCUCACCCUUCAUUUUUCACUUCCUUUCUAGACAGGUACUAUUUUAACAUGUCCAACACCAACACUGGAGACAAGCCCGGUGUCGGAGUAAACCGCACAGCCGCUGCCCCCGGUAUGUUCGAAAACUCCUCCGAGGCAUCAAACGAAAAACGUCAGGGUAGUCACGAUGAAUUUGCAUCCUCGGACGCUGAUCCAUCUGACAAUGACAAUAUUUUAUCCCAGUACUCUGAAAAACAAGUUAUGGAUAUGGGCCGGAAUUACGCUAUGAAGCACGGCAUGGAUCCUGAAUUGUUUGCCAGGGCAGCUGCCGUCGCCAGAACCCCAAGAGACUUCAAUAACAUGGAAUUCUUAUCGGAUGCCGAAAGGCAGGGCUUAUACCAAGAAGCCACCAACAAGUGGUAUAUUCCCAUCAAACUUUGGGUGGUGAUUGGGGUUGGAUCCAUGGCCGCUGCUGUACAAGGUAUGGACGAAUCCGUAAUCAACGGUGCCAACUUGUUCUUCCCUAAGGCACUCGGGCUUGGUAGCGACAGCAAUAGAGAUAGUUGGCUAUUGGGUGUGGUGAACUCGGCCCCAUACUUGUGUUGCGCCACGGUCUCUUGUUGGUUGACCGACCCUUUGAACAAUAGAUUCGGUCGUAAGAAGGUGAUCUUCAUCUCGUGUGUUAUUUCCGCCUUAACCUGUUUGUGGCUGGGUUUUGUCAACCACUGGUGGCACUUGUUCAUUGCCAGAUUCUUCUUAGGGUUUGGUAUUGGUCCUAAAUCUACCACCGUUCCGGUGUUCUCCGCUGAAUGUACCCCUGCCCAUAUCAGAGGUGCCAUGGUUAUGUUGUGGCAAGUUUUCACUGCCGUGGGUAUUAUGUUUGGCUACGUCUCUUCCUUAGCGUUCUAUCAUGUUGGUGACCACGGGAUCGGAGAAGGCUUGAAUUGGAGAUUAAUGUUAGGGUCUGCUAUGAUCCCAGCGUUGUUUGUUUGUGUACAAAUCUUGUGGUGCCCAGAAUCCCCAAGAUGGCUCAUGGGUAAGAACAGACACUUGGAAGCCUAUUACUCUUUGAGGUCCCUUAGAUGCGAUGAAAUCUCUGCUGCCAGGGAUUGUUUCUACCAGUACGUCUUGUUGAACGAAGAAAAUGCGCUUUCGGAGAUGACCUUCUUCCAGAAAGUCAAUAGCUUGUUCUCUGUCAGAAGGAACAGAAACUCCGCUAUUGGUGCUUGGAUUGUCAUGUUCAUGCAACAAUUCUGUGGUAUCAACGUUAUUGCCUACUACUCCUCCUCGAUUUUUAAGCAGUCGGGGUUUAGUGAUAUCUCCGCUCUUUUGGCUUCCUGGGGGUUUGGUAUGAUCAACUUUCUCUUUGCGAUUCCUGCUUUGUAUUUGAUUGAUGUCAAGGGGAGAAGGACCUUGUUAUUGUGGACUUUCCCGCUCAUGUCUGUUUUCCUUUUGAUGACUGGUUUCUCCUUCUGGAUCCCAGAGUCUAACCUGUCUGCCCGCGUGGGUGUGAUUGCCUUGGGGAUUUACUUGUUUGCUGCCGUCUACUCCUCCGGUGAAGGCCCGGUUCCUUUCUUGUACUCCGCUGAAUGUUUUGCCUUACCCGUUCGUGAUGUGGGUAUGUCUUUUGCCACCGCCACCUGUUGGUUCUUCAACUUUGUUUUGUCUCUUACCUGGCCAAGUUUGGUGAAGGCAUUCAAGCCACAGGGUGCGUUUGGUUGGUAUGCUGCCUGGAACAUGGUGGGCUUCUUCUUGGUUUUGUGGUUCUUGCCAGAAACCAAGAGUUUAACCUUGGAAGAAUUGGAUGAGGUGUUCGACGUUCCUGUCUGGCAGCAUGCUUCUUACCAGAACAAGGCCUUUUGGAUCGAAGUCAAGAGAAAUAUCUUCCGUCAAAAUGUCCCUAGAAUGGCCCCAUUGCACCGUCACCACAGAAUGGCUGUCACCAAUGCCGAAUGGGAAGACAAGGCAGUUGUGCAGCACAUCGAAACUUAGAGGACAGCUAGUCUGCCUGAAAGUUGUUGUGCCGUAUACCUACAGUUUUUGUCUCUCUGUGAGAUGACUCAAGUUUUAUUUUUCCCUUGUUUUGUGACGUUUUGUUUUACUCUCAAACCUUAUGUGUUUUCGACGUUAAUUUAUUUUUGUACUUGAACCG